AUGGAAACGGAGCUCAAGGCAUAUUUAACACUGCUUCUAUCUUAUGUAAUUCUAGGACUUUAUUUCGUAUGGGCGCUCACCCCCGAGUGGAUCAUCAACUCGUACGGCAUCACCUACUACCCCUCAAAGCACUGGGCUGUUGCACUGCCUUCGUCGCUACUGAUUUUGGGAUUUUACUUUCUGCUCUACAACUUCUUCACUGAGAGGUCCAUGCUACCGCCUCUCAAUUCCCCUUCCGCCUUCACCGGUAUUGCACGUCCUCAUAUUAACGUGCAUGCUCAACAGGUACUCCGCAUCCGCGAAAAGCAGAAGAUACCGCUACACGACGUCCCGCUGGGAUCAGUCAACCAGCUGCUAUACGGCUAG